GCGGUGCAUUUGUCGGAGGCAUGAGACGCCUCUCUGCUCUGGCUUCUAGGGCUGAAUUAAUCCCGAAUCAUUUUGUACCCAAGAGACAAAACCAGUCAAGGAUUCAAUCCAGUUCUUCAUCUGAGCUCAUAAACCCUUCAAUCAGCACCACUGAUUUCACCGCAACAGGUAAGUUUUCUUCAAUUAACCCUCAAUUAAAAACCGCCACUCAUAAACCCCUUGAUCAUCGGUACAUUUCUCAGAUACUUUCAAGAAAAGAUUGGUAUCUUCUGCUAAACGAUGAGCUAAAAUCCAAUAAAAUUAGCUUAAACCCUCGGAACAUUGUGAGUGUGUUGCAGAAUCAGGAAAACCCAUUACACAAUUUGAUUUUUUAUUUGUGGGUUUCGGAUAUUAAUCCUCUACUUGCGAAGAAUCAAUCGGUUCGCGGUGUUUUAGCAAAUACCCUUUACUAUAAAGGUCCGGUUUUGUUAUCGAAGGAGCUUAUUGAACUUAUUAGGAGUUCUGGGUGUAGUGUCACAGAGGAUUCACUUUGUAUUUUAAUAAGCAGUUGGGGAAGAUUAGGUUUAGCCAAGUAUUGUGCUCAGAUAUUUGAUCAGAUUUCUUUUUUAGGCCUUACUCCUAGUACCAGGUUGUAUAAUGCAGUGAUUGAUGCGUUGGUGAAGUCGAAUGCACUUGACUUGGCAUAUUUGAAAUUCCAACAAAUGAAGGCGGACAGAUGCAAUCCGGAUAGGUUUACCUAUAACUUCCUCAUCCAUGGAGUCUGCAAAGUUGGAGUCGUAGAUGAAGCGUCACGAUUAGUUAAACAAAUGCAAGAAAUGGGAUAUCUGCCGAAUGUUUUUACAUAUACAAUACUCAUUGAUGGGUAUUGUAACGCAAAAAGGAUUGAAGAAGCCUUUAAGAUUUUGGAGAGAAUGAAGGAGAGUAACGUGAGACCUAAUGAUGCUACUUUUAGAUCAUUGGUUAAUGGGAUAUUUCGUAAUGCUCCUGCACUCGAGGCUUUUAAAUUAAUGUCUGAUUUUGUGGAGAAAGAACAUGACUUGCCUAUAGCAGUCUGCGAAUCUGUUUUGGUUUGUCUUUCGAGCAAUUCUUUGCCUAAAGAAACUGCUGUUUUCUUGAAGAAAAUCAUUGAGAGAGGUUAUGUUCCUGAUACUAUGACGAUUAACAUCGCUAUAACUUGUUUACUUAAGGGAUCUGAUCUCAUGGAAACAUGUGAUAUCGUUGAUAGUUUGAUUGGAAAAGGUAUGAUACUUGGAUUCAAUACUUAUCUUCUUCUGGUUGAAUCUUUAUACAAGAAUGAGAGAAUUUUGGAGGGAAAUCGGUAUCUAAAUCAGAUUCUUGAAAAGGGGCUAUUGACCAAUGUUAUCUCGUAUAACAUGAUAAUUGACAGUUAUUGCAAGUCGGGUAUGAUUGAUAUGGCAAUGAGAACUUUUCUGGAUAUGCUUCAGCAUCGUAUUUCUCCUAAUCUUGUUACUUUUAACACUCUCUUAUCGUGGCAUUGCAAGGCUGGUGAUAUGAGUGAAGCACGCGAGCUUCUUAAGAUGCUCCUAGAACGUGGUUUUAAACCCGACACCUAUACUUUCAGUUCACUGAUCCAUGGUCUUUGUAGGACCCAUCAAAUUGAUGACGCUCUUGAUUGUUUAAACGAGAUGGUUGAUUGGGGUGUUCAUCCGAAUGCUAUAACCUAUAAUAUCCUGAUCCGUUCAUUGUGUAUUAUUGGUGAUGUUUUUAAAGCAAAGGCUUUGAUGAAGAAGAUGCAAAUGAAUGGGGUAAAGCCAGAUGUUUUUUCUUUCAAUGCUUUGAUUCAGAACUUUUGUAGGAUGAAGAAGGUCGAGAAGGCACAGAGGGUCCUCUUGACGAUGUUGACUUUAGGUUUGACUCCAGAUAACUUCACUUAUAGUGCUUUCAUUAAGAUGUUGACAGAUUUGGGGAGGUAUAAAGAAGCUAAAGAGUUGUUCUCAUCAAUGGAAGCUAAUGAAUGUAUCCCUGAUUCUUAUACAUGUAAUUUGUUUAUUGAUGCUUUAGUUCAGUCUGCUAGGUUCAGUGAGGCCCGGGAUAUCUUUUUGAAGUAUAAAGAGAGGGGAAUUGUGUUGAAACCCAUCUCGAUUCUAUAAAGAAAUUUUACAAUCGACUCAAAGUUUAUUCGAUCUCUUUGUACCUUCGGCUUUGAUAAUUGUACAUCCUGGAGUUAAUUUGCAGCCACAUUGCUGGUUUCAUUCUGCAGUACAUCAAGCUCAAGUGAUUUAUUACAGGGAAAGCAGAAACGGGAAUUGCUGGAACUGGGAUUGGAUAUAUACCUGAACCAGGUGGUGGAGCCAGAGACAGUGGUGGUGAUGAACCUGAGGAGGUUAUUGUGAAGGCCCUUGAAUGUUUUAGUGAUAAGCAUCAGAUUUAUAGCAGCUGUGAAGAGUCGUAUAGGUUGACAGAGAGGGGUCAACUCAACGUGCCACCUGAGUUCGCUGAUGAAUACUGUAACG